AUGUUUUACAUGGCCUGAUACCUGUAGUCAGACACUACAUUACUCUGUUACAAUUAAGUAACUUAGGAAUACAUUUUACUCAUCACAGCAGUUUUAAUGCAACAUACUUUGCUCCUUUUUAAAAGAAGAAACACUAUUUUUAUUACUGUGUGAUUUUUACCAUUUUUAUUUAUUAUAUUUGUUACUUUGAGAUGGAUUCCAUGAGCAAAGGUGGGUAGUAACACAGUAUAUUACUCAGUUACAUUUACAGUAGUUAAGUAACUUUUUUUUUUUUUUUUUUUUAAUAAAUUGUCUUUGCCACAGUAGUUUCACAGUACUGUCGUACUUAUUUCACUCAUUUCACUUGUGGUACUCAAUUAUUUGGAGUAGGACUUUUUACUUUGACAUGACUCAUGUUAAUGUGUUCUUAUACUCUCACUUGAGUACAAUUUCUGGCUACACUAACUACUUCUGUGUAUGAAAGUUGAAGUUACACAAUAAGUGGAUGGGCGUGUCAUUUCUAGAACAAAAUUCAAAAACAAAGAGGGUAUGUGUCACGCAGACACUCCCCCCUACCCGAGUGAAGGGUCCAGCGUGCCUUUCCGCUGGAGCUUCAUAGGUAGCUCGAACCAGUACUGGACUCACAUGUUGCCGGCUUCAUCUGUCACGCGAGCCCGGGCCGAGGCGCCCCUCCGGCGGCUACUCAGCGGCCGGAGACCGCGGAUAUCCGUCGGUACCAAACCGGCGAGCCGAGCCCAGCACACGCAGGUCGACGUCGGAAGUCGACAUGUUGACUCAGAAGAACGUUCUGCUAUUUCGGGACGGGGCAACUGUGGGAUGUCCGUGGACUUCGAGCAGAGCAGAGAGGCUUACAAAAGCAAGGACUCGUUGGAGCUACUUCGAAGCCUGCUGGUUCUCAAGAUGUGCUCCUACGACUUCCUGGUUGAUAAGAAUCAAGAGAUCAUGGACAUCGGUAAGAAGGUGUUGGGGCAGAAAGCCUUUGAUCAGCUGAUGAAGAUGACGUUUUACGGGCAGUUUGUGGCCGGCGAGGAUCACAAGACCAUCAGGCCGCUCAUUCAGAAGAAUCUGGCCUUUGGUGUGGGCUCGGUGCUGGAUUACAGUGUGGAAGAGGACAUCAACCAGGAGGAGGAUGAACAGACACCAGCGUACUCAAGUGCGUCCAGUGAAGAGAAAGGCAAGAACUACAAAAAUACGUUUGGUGGAUCCCAAACAUAUUUCUAUGAAGAUGAGUGCAAAUGCGACCAACAUAUGGAGACAUUCAUUAAAUGUAUCGAGGCAUCUGGUGGGAGUUCAAUGGAUGGCUUCACUGCCAUCAAAAUGACGGCCCUGGGACGACCUCAGUUUCUGCUCCAGUUUUCUGAGGUCCUGGUGAAAUGGCGACGAUUUUUCAGCUUCCUGGCAUCCAAGCAGGGUAAAGAUGGCCUUGACGUCUUCGACCAAACGUUAGAUCUUAAACAGAUGCAGGAAUUUUUCAAUAGUGUGGGUGCAAAUGAUGACUUGUUCAGUGUGCUGACUGCACGGAUGGAGAAAACCUCAGGAAUCUGUGACCUCCUUGACUGGGAGAGCCUCUUCAAUGACAGAGCAAACAUGGCGGAAGUGCUUGUGGUCCCGAAUGUUCAGCUUGGUGAACUGGAGCCUUUGCUGAAAGACUUCACGGCAGAGGAGGAGGGACAAAUGAAGAGGAUAUUGCAGCGCAUGGAUACUUUAGCAAAACACGCUGUAAAAAACGGCGUCCGCUUGAUGGUGGAUGCAGAACAGACCUACAUGCAGCCGGCUAUUCGCAGUCUAACACUGGAUAUGCAGAAGAUCUACAACAAAGACAAGCCUGUCAUCUUCAACACCUACCAAUGCUACUUGAAGGACGCGUUUGACAGCAUAACGUUGGAUAUUGAGUUAUCUCGACGGGAGGGCUGGCACUUUGCUGCCAAACUGGUGCGAGGGGCCUACAUGCACCAGGAGCGGGAAAGGGCCUUGGAGUUGGACUACGAGGACCCCAUCAACCCUGACUACGAGACCACCAACGCAAUGUACCACAGGUGUUUGGAUCUUGUGCUGGAUGAGAUCGCUCUGAACAGAAACGCCAAUGUUAUGGUUGCGUCCCAUAAUGAGACCACAGUGAAACACACAUUACAGAGAAUGAACGAGCUGGCUCUGAUGCCCAGGGAAAACAAAGUGUUCUUUGGCCAGCUGCUGGGGAUGUGUGAUCAGAUCAGCUUCCCACUGGGACAAGCAGGCUUCCCCGUCUACAAGUACGUCCCCUACGGCCCAGUGAACGAGGUCAUGCCUUACCUGAGUCGCAGAGCCCAGGAGAACCGAGGCUUCAUGAAGGGUGCCCAGAAGGAGAGAGAACUGUUGUGGACCGAGCUGAAACGUAGACUGGCCUCCUGGGAGCUUCUCUAUAAACCGGUUUACUGAAAUUAGUUUGGAAGAGGUGUGGUGUCUUUUGUUGUCUCCUUCCUGUCUUUAUCUUUCCUCUGUCUGUAUUUCAGUCUUUUUAUUUCUCCCAAUGCUGUGUAACGCCCCCCACCUCCGCCCCACACCGAUCCCUGUCAGUUGUUGAUGUCUCCCACAUGCUCUCCCCUGUACUUUUCUGUCCAUCCUCCAUUUUGCGCUCCUUUUGUUUCUAAAGAACUAUUAUCAAUCAAAUCCGCAUCUUAAGUGCUUCAUUUGGAUUCAUGAAAAUGUCAACAAGUCCUGGCCAGCCAUGUUUUUUUUUUUCUUCCACCUUUUCAUCAAGCACAAGGACAACAAGACACACAGCCAAGAGGCUUCAUUUAAAUCGUAAUAACUCCAUUAUCUAUAUUGUCCAACAUUUAUUUUGUGUAAUAAUUGACACCGACGAUGCACCUUGAAGAAGUGUCUCUGUAAAUAUGCGUUUUAAUCCUGUUCACAAGCCAAUGUGUCCUCAUUACGUUUCUUAUGUUGUUAUUGUACCUUGUGCUAAGGAUUCAGGGAAGGAAUCUUCUUUUUAUACAAAUACUAAUAAGUCUAUGCGCUUGUUUUUAUCUUGGCACACUGGUACACUUACACAUUUUAUUGAGAUCCAAUCAUGUAUCAGUGCUGUCUAAUUAUCAUACAUACUGUAUAUUUGUUAUUGUGGUUUGGAGUGGUGGAGAACUCGAGUGCAUCAUAUGUCGCUCUAAUGCAAUUUAAAAAAAAAGGACCUUCUCAUGUGGCUGAAGUACGUCGCAGUUAAUAGCUUUCUGAAAUUCAACCAUUGUACCGUAAUUUCUGGCCUACAACACGCGACUUUUUUCACACGCUUUCAACCCUGCGGUUUAUCCGGUGAUGCGGCUAAUUUGUGCAUUUUUUUUUUCUAACGGCGGCAAGGGUGCACUCGAGCUGAAAAGGUAAACGUGAGACCGGUGGAAUAUUUGUGCCGAGGAAGUGAAUUUUACCGGCCCUGUUAGUGCUGCGCUAGUGUUAGCUGGCGUGUCUCAGUGAUAUUUACCGGUAAGUUUUAUUUUAACCGGCCCUGUUAGCGUUAGGGCUAGCGGUAGCGCCGUGCUAGUUAAACUCUGUACUGUCUUGUUUCAAUGUGGGCACAGCUGCCGUGUAUGUAUGUACCAAAUGGUGUUUCCUUUACAAAUCUACUGGGUGAGGCUUGUAACCAUGUGCGCUCUCUAGGCCGGGAAUUACGGUAAUUUUAAAAACGCAGACCUCUUGAUAUACUUGAUCACAUAUUAGAUCUCAAUAUAUUGUGCAGUUGUACCACAUGUUGGCGAGGCAGCAUGCCUCAAUGAAAUAAAAUAAAGCAGCACUUCAAAUAAACAUUUUUUGCUGACUCUUAAAAACAAACACUCGGCGUCAGUUUGCGGAGUAGACGUGCCAUCUGGAAAGCUGAACUGUACUGUGGAUGUAUAUGUAAGCAUUAUGUACUAGAUAUGUGUGGAUGUGUGUGUGUUGGGAAGUUUUAUUACUUUUGCUUGUAAAUAUGUGCGAAAGCAAGGGUUUACAUCUGCUUAUUAAAAUGUAAAUGACAAAAGUGAGAUGGACUGCAG